GACAAAGGAAAUGCCAAAAAAACCAUUCUGGACAGCAGUGAAUCAGAAGCAGCUUUAAGAAGGAAAGUGAAUCCAGUACAUGUGGGAAACAACCUCUUUUCCCUUUCCUCCAGAUAAUUACAAAAUUCUUCCCCAGCCAGGAAGAGACAAGAAAAAAAAAUAGAAGAGUUUGAGCUGAUAAACGAGUAUUGUGUGCGGAACUCAAGGAAAUAUUAUAUCAAAAAAUAAAGGUGGAAUAUUUCCAGAUUCAGAAAAAGAGGAAAUAUCUAGAAGUCUGUGGGGAGGAAGCUCUCAUUCCAGACAAUAAUGCAGGCCUCACCCUGUGAGGAAAGAAACAGCUUGAAUGAUCCAAGAAGAGAUCUCCUCAAGAAACUAAGACGAUCAGUGGCGGAAAAGCUCCACAGAUAUUCAUAUUGUCAGAAAAGCACAAAUUACAAAUCAGAGCUGAUUAUCGAUCAGAGGAUCCACACUGGUGAAAAACCAUACAAAUGCUCCGAAUGUGGUGAAGUUUUUUGCUACACUUCCCAACUUCUUGAGCAUAAAAGAACCCAUAAUGGAGAAAAGCACUACCAGUGCCCAGAGUGUGGCAAAAAGUUUAGUAAGCAUGCCACGCUAGUUAUACACAAGAGGACACACACUGGAGAGAAACCAUUUGAGUGUCCAGAGUGUGGAAAAAGUUUCAGUCGGAACUCUUCCUUGAUGAUACACCAGAGAAUUCACACAGGGGAGAAACCGUAUGAGUGUCCAGAUUGUGGGAAAAGUUUCAAUAAUUAUUCUAACCUUGUGAAACACCAGAGGACUCACACAGGAGAGAAACCGUAUGAGUGUCCAGAUUGUGGGAAAAGUUUCACUAAUAAAUCCAGCCUUGUGCAACACCAGAGGACUCACACGGGCGAGAAACCAUAUGAGUGUCCAGAUUGUGGGAAAAGUUUUCGUCAAAGUUACAAUCUGGUCAUACACCAGAGGACUCACACAGGAGAGAAACCAUAUGAGUGUCCAGACUGUGGGGAAAGUUUCAGUCAGAAGUCUAAUCUGGUGAUACACCAGAGGACUCACACGGGCGAGAAACCAUACGAGUGUUCAGAUUGUGGGAAAUGUUUCAGUCAGAACUUUCGCCUGGUGAUACACCAGAGGACUCACACUGGGGAGAAUCCAUAUGAGUGUCUAUACUGUGGGAAAAGUUUCCUCCACAAGUCUAAUCUGGUGAUACACCAGAGGAUUCACACUGGUGAGAAACCAUAUGAGUGUUCAGAUUGUGGGGAAAGUUUCCGUCAGAAAUCUUGUCUGGUGAUACAUCAGAGGAGUCACACUGGGGAGAAACCAUAUGAGUGUUCGGAUUGUGGGAAAAGUUUCAAUAAUAAAUCCAGCCUUGUGCAACACCAGAGGACUCACACGGGCGAGAAACCAUAUGAAUGUCCCGAUUGUGGGAAAAGUUUCAGUCAGAACUCUAACCUUGUGCAACACCAGAGGACUCACACUGGGGAGAAACCGUAUGAAUGUCCAGAUUGUGGGAAAAGUUUCAAUAAUAAUUCUAACCUUGUGACGCACAUGAGGACUCACACAGGACAGAAACCAUAUGAGUGUCCGGAUUGUGGGAAUAGUUUCCAGCAGAAUUCCAAUCUGCUCGUACACCAGAGGACCCAUACAGGGGAGAAACCAUAUGAGGGUUCAGUUUGUGAGAAAUGUUUCAAUCAGAAUUCCAACCUGGAGAGACACCAGAGGACUCAUACAGGAGAAAAACCAUAUAAGUGUUCCGAUUUUGGGAAAAGUUUUAGUCAGAAUGGCAACCUGGUGAUACACCAGAGUGCUCACAUGGGAAAUAAACCCUAUGAGUGCCCAAAUUGUGGGAAAGCUUUCAGUUGGAAUUCUGACCUGGUGAGACACCAGAGGAUUCACACAGGAUGAGUGCUUGGAUUGUGGGAAAAGUUUUAGUUGGCAUUCCCACCUGGUGGAAUAAUAGGGAACUGAAUGUCCCAGUUGUCGGAAAGCUUUCACAAGUAGGUCUAAUCUAAUAAAUCAUGUCAGUUUGCACACAGAUCAGAAGCUAUUCAGAUGCCCAAACUGUGGUCAGUGUUUCAGUCACAACUUUGCUAUUAAUUAAAGACAAGAGGACACAUACAGGAUAAAAGCCAUCAGUUUUCUGAUUGGAAGGAAAGCUUGAUGGGAUCUUAGAACAUUUUCAAGAGUUCACAAGGAUAUACAUUACUUAUUUUCAGCUUGCUGGAUUAUUUUCAGCCAAAGAGCCAAAUUUAUUUAGACACAAGAGACUCAACCCUGAGAAAUGCUCAGACACAAGAGGAUUUGCUUGCAAAAAUCAAUGAAUCAGUAAAUGAGAAUUAGGAUUUCAACAAGAAUUUUCUGAAAGCAUACUAAGAAACUAAAUAU